AUGUCACGCCAGAGGAGAAGGACCCCAUCUCGACCUCGAGACCAACUGCAGCGCUCACAUUGGAGGAAGUGGAGCGAGCCGCACUGCAAACAAAGGGAUCGGAACAGAUCAUCGGCAACGGAGGCACUCCUCAAACGCGCAAACCAUCGAGUCAGAACAUUGUGAAGGAAGAGAAGAGGCAAGAAAGGGCAGGUCAGUGGGACCGAUGGCUCUCUGACGCGGCGCGAUGCACGGCGACUCAUCAGCUGAUCGGAAACCCGGCGCUCGAACUCACAGCAACCCCUGGUUCCGUACCGAAAUUCGGAGCUUUCGUUUCGCCUUUCGACAUACUCACUCAAGCACAUGCCUCUGAACUACAGCACGGGAAGAAUGAGGCCGUCAAUCCCAAGACGGAGGUCAACAUUGAAACGUCGGAAGUGGAGGACCUGCCCACGCCCCGCCCGGCCUCUGCGGCUCCGCCGUCGGUACCGUCAAGUUCGACCCAUCCGGCCAGCCAAGAACACAUAAAUGUCUCGGAUAAGGCGGGGAAAGAUGCUUCCGAGGGUCAAGCCUUGACUGCGACAAAAGCUGCUCCUCUUGAUCUGCUCGUUAAGAAGUACCUUUCCGACUCGCCGAGCCAUGCACCAAAGUGGGCCCCACGCGGGCUUCAACUGCCUCCGAGACGAGGCUCGAUUGCACCGCCCAUGGCUCAGCAUCUCACUAUCGAUAUCUCGGCACCCAACUUGGAUUCGCUCGACUCCGCAGCGCUAGUAGAAACGACCCCGGUCGUGCUUUUCGAGGUCCCGUACGAAUGGUCGCCGGGGCGUCGCUCUGCCAUCACCUCCCACGUUUUUGUAUGGAGUACGAGCAAAGGCCGCAUUCGUGUUGUCGAUCGUCGUUCGGGCGCCAAGAUCUUGCUCAAGGGCCACAAAUCUGCGAUCGCGGACUUGUCGAUCGCGCCUGCACCCGAGGCCGAUGCUUCGCGGAUGAUCACCAGCAUCGGCGUCGAUGGCCGUCUGAUCGUGUACAGCGUGCCCGAUUCAUUCUCACAAGAUAACGCACCGACGCACAAGGUCCUCGAGCUGGAGGGCUCCGCUCUCGUAGAGGGGGCCAAGUUCCGCUCGGCCCGAUUCCACCCUCAAUUCCCCACCGUGCCACGACUCGCCCUCGUACUUGGCUCGUCGAGCGUCGUUAUCAUGCACUUAGAGCGGGCUCGAAUGCCCGAUGUGUCGAUCGAGUCUGCGGUGCGAACUGCGAACUGUGGGGAAGGGCUGGCCAGUGUAUGCUUCUCUCCCGAUGGCACCGCAUUCGCUGCUCUCACCGUCGGAUCUGGGGUGACGAUUCGCAAGACCAGCGCCCCGGAGAAGAUUCUGUGGUCUCGAUUUCCGACGUUGACCCCAGCCGAUGGCGCGGAAGCAACCGAGAUCGCGUUCCUCACCACCUCGAACGGACGACCGGCUGGGCUCGUCCUAGCGGCUCGUGAGGGUAGUCGUCUCCAGCUGCUGUCACUCUCUCGAGGCGGUCACGCGCCCCCUGACACGAAUUCGAUCGAGUUCACCCUCUCUGCGAAAAUGGCGGAAGCCCAGUCCUGUACCAAUUUUGCCCAUCUCUUCUACCACCAGCCCAGCACCACGCUUUUCGUAUCCUCUUCCGCCAGAGGAUCGCUUUUCGCUUUCCGAAUCGGUGUCGACGAGUCCGAGAGUUCACGUUCAGCUCCCGACUGCGAUCUGUUUGCCCAUCGAAGCGAGCUCAUGGAGCCGCGAGUGGAGCAUGUCGCCGAGAUCGCCACUGCCGAACCUCUCGUCGAAAUUUCCGUUGACGAGGACUUUUCGGGCGCACGUUCCAGCGACACACCAUCGUUGUCGACGCUCAUCGCUCAUCCCGGUGGCUUGCAUGCCGUCACAUUCGACUUCCCCGGCCUCGCGGUGGGAAAGGGGAGAGGGCACGACAGCGACGACGAUGACGAGCCGUACGGCGGACCCGGUCGACGUAUGAGCCUGGAGGGAUCGAUUCGCGUCGAGUCGGAGGUCGAGGUUGUGGUUGAUGUCGAUGAAGUCUCGACAUCCUCUCCUCAUUCUCGCCUGGCGGUCAAGUUGAAACUCGAGGAACCGAUUCAGGAAGAACCCGGCAGCGCCGCGGCAGAGGUACCUCAAGCGAGCUCUCGCGAUGGUCCCAAUAGUCCCGAGGGCGAUAUCCCCGCAUGGAAGGCGACUCACAACCAAGUCGAGGAUCCGGUCAGCCAUCCCAGCACACCUGCGCGUGGUCAGAAAGGAGCGAAACAGGCGUCAGUCACACCCGACGUUUCGCGUGAGCUGCGCAGAGUCGAGGACCGCAUCACCAAGGCGAUUCAGAAGGAGAUGCAGGUGCAAGCCCACCACGCCGCCGAGGAACGGGCUAAUGACCGAACCGCGGAUGUAGCAAGACAAGAGACUUUGUUGAAACUGGUGUCGAGCGCGUUGUCGAAGAAGUUGGAUACGACGGUGAGGGAGCAGAUGCGAGCGCAGGUCAUCCCGUCGAUGAGCAAGUUGGUCACCGCUUCGAUCAACGAACAGGUCGCUCGAGGGAUCGAGGAGGCUAUGAGCGAGGUCAGUAGUGUUGCCGAGUCUCUGAUAAUCGUCCGAUUUAAUCGCUAACGCUAGUCUGUUUCCGGUGGCCAGACGCUACCAAGAGAGCUGCGCAAGCUUUUGUCUCGUCCCGAGAUGAGCAACCACAUCGCACAGAGUGUAUCGGCUGCGAUUGUUCCUUCCAUCUCUGAAGCGGUCGAACGCCAACUGCUGUCGGUCGUCGCCACCGGUGUCAUCCCUGGCUUCAAUUCAUCGCUCGCUUCGGCGGUCGAGGGUGUGAUGCAGUCGGUUCGCGACACCGUCCUCGCCGAGAUGACCGACGUGCGCAAAGAGAUCGUGCAGGAGCAGGCUGGUGCGAUCGUCGAGCUGGAAACCUUGGUCGGCGACCUCAAGGGGGAAAUCUCGGAGCUCAAGACCUCGUUGGUGCGGAUGGAGCAGCUCGUGCUCUCUCUUUGCAACAGAUCAUCCGCAUCAUCGGUCGCUGCAGCACCGAAUCGUCAGCCAGGCGCAUCGACAUCGCGACGACAAGCCUCGGUCUCCCAAGCCCAGCCCCACCCGCCGACUCAGCAGGUGGUGCAUGCACCGACCCAGCGGCAGCCUUCUUCGUCCAGUGCGCUUUCGACAUUCACUCACCCACAAUCGUCUGACGGGGACUAUGCCGAUGAAGACUAUGAAGAAAUGGUCAGUUAUGACGGGCUACUUGCCCCUGAACUGCCCUGGGCUCACACCGUUUCGCUCCACCUCCCCAUAGUUCACCGACGCAUUGCAACCGCAGCACGCCCCCGAAUUUGCUGAACUAUUGAGUAUCAUCGGAUCUUCAUCUCCCGCCACAGCCGACCGCGUCUUCCCUCCCACGUCGUUGCCGCCCCGGAUCUCGCCUCCUGUGAUUCUAUCGCUCGCAUAUCAGCUCGCAGGGCGCCUGUCCGGUCAACCCGGGCCUUUCAACGCCGAGGCUCGACAGUAUCUGCUCUGGGUGCAGAAGUGCCUUUCCGCGAUGGACAGGAAGGUGCGUCGCAUGUUCCUGGUGUCUCGAGAGGUGUUGGAGCGCGAAGCUGACCGGAGCUCCUGCAAUGAUCUUUCUGCCAGGCCGAGGAGGUGCGCGAGUUUGUCCCCAAAGUUAUCGAGACCGUCAUUGUCUGCCUGCAUGCGAGAGCCGAUACCAUAGCCGCAUCACACGACCGACGGGGGCUGGACGAGAUCCGAGCGGUGGAGAGGCUUGCUCAUAGCCAGUUGAGACAGUUUGUCGGUUAG